AUGGAGACAGACGAGGGCCGCGUCCAGACUGAGGAUGCCAAUCACGAUACCCGAGGAGACACGGGGUCGGCUGCGGUCAGCUCCUCUUCUUCGCAAGGUGAACCCGCAGCUCCUGAGAAGGGGGAGGAGGAGGAAGAUGUUGAUCAUAUGGACUUGUUUGGAGAUAUGGAGAGUUCUGACGAGGAGCAGGCACCCGUGCGGGACCGCCGAACAAUAGCACCACGACAGUCUGAACCCACUCGCCCACAAGUAAUAAGUACCAUCGAAGUGCCAGACAUACCGAAAUUCUCACAUGGGAAAGAAGAGGUGUACAUAGCGAAGUUACCGCAUUUCAUGAACGUUGAGCACAGGCCGUUCGAUCCAGACACAUGGGACGAAGAGGAUGAUGCUGCAACGUUGGAACGGGCUGGGGACGAGGCAGUGUCGUCGGUACAGCUGGAGAAUACCUUACGGUGGAGGAGCGUGCGAGAUGAGAAUGGAGAGGAAUCAAAAGAAUCAAACGCCCGUCUUGUCCGCUGGUCAGACGGCUCCUUCUCCCUCGUCCUCGGCGGCGAAUUCUUCGACGCAACAGUUGCAGCAGGCCCACAGCAUCAAUACCUCUCCGCUCAAAUACCCGACCCAGGAGUCUUCCAAAUGCAGAACCGCGUGCCGCAAAUCAUGAUGUUCAGACCGUAUGGGGUGAAUCAGCUGGUGCAUAAGAAACUUACAAAGGAGAUCGCGAAGAAGCAUCAGAAGGGGAUCAAGACCAAGUCGAUCGUUACGAUGGUGGAUCCCGAGAAGGAGAGGGAGGCUUUGGAGAAGGCUGAGAUCGAAAAAGUGCGAGCCCGCCGAAGACUAGAAGCCAAACGCCGGAACGCCUCCUUCGGUGGCCGCAGCCUGACGUCGCGGGAUCUGGAAGCAGACUCAGACGACGACGAGCUGUACACGCGCGGAAACACGGGUAUCAGACAGGCCCUCGAGAAAUACGAAGACGAUUUCGUGGUGAACGACGAAGACGAAGACGACGGCAUCGACGCGGCCCAAUUCGAGCGCUCAGACGACGACGACGACGAAGAGGAAGAACGCCGUGAACGCGAACAACGUGACCGGAUCCUGCGUGCCAAGCGCUCGGACGCGUCCUCUUCACGGAAACGAUCUACCCAGGAUCGCGAUGAGGAUGCGGCCCGUGAAGAAGGCAAACGGGUUGCACGGGAUGACGAUGUGCGCGGAGAUGAGGAGGAAGAGGAGGAGGAGGGAGACAUGCCUGGGUCGAGGAGGUUGAAGAAGCGGAGGCAUAUCGUUUCGAGUGAGGAGGAUGAGUAG